AUGAGGACCGGCGCUGGAGCCGUCGUUUACGCGAUAUUAUUGCUGUGUUUUGGCGGCACAUUCGCCCAGUCCACAGUUUCCAAAGACAAGCCGUUGGUUUCGACCACCACCAGGCGGCCAAUACCCCAUGUCGAAUGUACACUACGACAACACACUUGCGGCAAUGGGAAAUGCGUGCCACUAGCGUGGACAUGCGACGGUGAUGACGAUUGCGGCGACAACACUGACGAGCUGCCCGACAUGUGCAAAACAGGAAAGGCAAACGUCACGUGUUCGGAAAACGAAUUUCAAUGUAGAAACGGACACUGUAUAGCGCUCCACUGGCAAUGCGAUAACGAAUCAGAUUGCAAAGACGGUAGCGACGAAGACCCCAAAAUAUGCCAGAAACGAGUGUGCAACACUGAUGAGUUCACUUGUCGAAAGGCCAAAGGCGAGUGCAUCCCGCUGACAUGGAUGUGCGAUGGCAAUCCCGAUUGUUCGGAUGGCUCCGACGAAAAAGAGUGCAAUGAAACAUGUAGAGACGAUGAGUUUACGUGCGGCAACGGAAAGUGUAUUCAAAAGAUUUGGGUGUGCGACAGAGACGACGAUUGUCAAGACGGCACGGACGAGCUCAACUGUCCCAACAUCACAUGUUCCGAGUCCGAAUUCGCUUGCGUAAAAGACAACACUUGCAUAACGUUGAACUGGCGUUGCGAUGGCGACUUCGACUGUACCGACCAGACUGACGAAAUCGGUUGCGCCGAAUCUACCAGAUCGUCGCAGUGCCGUUCUUCCGAGUUUGAGUGCGACGACCACAGCCACUGCGUCAUACAGUCGUGGGUAUGCGACGGCAGCGUAGACUGCGCCGACGGAUCCGACGAAGCGCCGCACCGGUGCCACAACACCACAUGUCGGUCCGACCAGUUCCGUUGUCGGGACAACACGUGCAUUCCCGGAUUCCUCCAUUGUUCCGGUACGCCCGACUGCGCCGACGGUAGCGACGAAGAAAACUGCAAAGAACCGGUGCACAAGUGCGACCCGUACACGGAGUUCGACUGCGGCACCGACGAAACGGGUGGCAUAUGCAUACCCAUGGAGAAGGUGUGUGACAAGAACAUGGACUGUCCCGGGUUCGAGGACGAGGAACAGGAGUCGUGCAACGUGAACGAGUGUCUGAUCAACAACGGAGGCUGUACGCAGAUUUGCGUCGAUUUGCCGCACACUUACCGCUGCGCCUGCAAGCCCGGCUACAAACUCAUCAGCAACAACACGUGUGAUGACGUAAAUGAAUGCGAGAUCGAAGGCAGCUGUUCACAAAUAUGUAUCAACGAAAAGGGCACGUACAAAUGCGAAUGCGAACCGGGAUACCUGAGGGACCCUCAAGAUCACACCAGGUGCAAGGCGAUGGAAGGACACGCGUCACUCUUAUUCUCUAUGCAACACAACAUACGGAAGAUUUCGUUGGAUCAUCACGAGAUGUCCGCCAUCAUCAACAGCACGAAAUCGGCCACGGCCAUCGAUUUUGUAUUCCGCACCGGAAUGAUAUACUGGGGAGACGUAUCCGAAAAGAAAAUUUACAAAGCGCCGAUCGACGAAGGCCGACAGAGGACAAUAGUAGUGGAAAGUGGCUUGUCGUCGGCCGACGGUUUGGCUGUGGACUGGAUUUACGGACACAUUUAUUGGACGAACGCGGACAAGGACUCUAUCGAAUUGGCCAACUUCGAGGGUAACAUGCAGAAGACGCUUUUUAAAUCGGAACUGAAGGAACCCAGGUCGAUAGCCGUGGACCCACUCAACGGGUGGUUGUAUUGGAGUGACUGGGGCAGCAACGCGAAGAUCGAACGGGCCGGCAUGGACGGCACGCACCGCGAAGUGAUCGCCUCGUUCGACGUGAAAUGGCCAAACGGCAUCACACUGGACCUGGUGUCCAAACGACUGUACUGGGUGGACGCCAAGCUCCACACCAUCUCGUCGUGCAACUUCGACGGCAGCCAACGGCGUCUGGUCCUGUUCAGCCCCGUCUGGCUACCUCACCCGUUCAGCAUAUCCACGUUCGAGGACUCGCUGUACUGGUCCGAUUGGAACCAGAAGGCGAUCAUCAAGGCCAACAAGUUUAACGGUUCCAACAUCACCACGGUCACAGCCCUGCACAUGACUCAGAACCCGAUGGUGGUGCACGUUUACCACCCGUACAGGCAACCCGACGGAGUGAACUACUGCGCCGCCGUCAACGGCCACUGUUCCCAUCUGUGCCUGCCGGCACCGCAAAUCAACAGCAAGUCGCCGAAAAUCUCGUGCGCUUGUCCCAACGGCCUGAUGCUGAUGUCCGACGGUCUGAUGUGCGCCGAAGAAGAUACGAACAGAACGAUGACGGAAAUAAACGUCAACGACCACAACGAACCUGAGGACAGCGGACUCAUAGCCGCCAUAAUAAUAUUCUCCGGUUCACUAUUGAUCACUCUCGCAGCCCUGGGCGCUUUCCUGUUGUACCGGCACUACUUGCACCGCAAUGUGACCAGCAUGAACUUCGACAACCCCAUCUACAGGAAAACAACCGAAGACCAGUUCACGCUGGAGAAGAGUCAGUACCAGCCGGCGAGGGUAUACCCCACGUCCGUCGGCGAGGAGGCCGAAGAGCCGUUGACUCGUCCUGGCACCAACGAGUACGUCUAA